UCUGAACUCCGUUGUGGACGGAGGGAACACACACACACGCCAUUGAAUCAUAUAGUAACGAACGUUGAAGCGUUUCUCAUCCACUACCCCCUAGAGUGUGUCUGUGUGUGUGUGUGAGUGUGUAUACGUGGUGUAUGUGUUGGAUUUUUAGGGGUUGUGUGUGUAAAGCUCUCUUUGUUCUUCUCCCCCUUUGUGUGUUUCCACCCUGCAACACUCACAAUUCAAGGUGCCUUUUUAAAACACAGCUUGGCAUUUGCUGUGUGUGUAUUUGUUGAUUCAUCUAACUUUGAUCAAGCAGCUAAAUUGACGUAGACUGGUCGAGUGAGUUAAUCCAACAAGGCCUGCGAAACUACUACCACCAUAGCUCCUCAAGAACAUCCAGGUCUGCAGCAGCGCGGAGUGGCUGGGGUGCUAAUGCCGAUGGCUUUGUUAGGGCCCAGUGCCCGGCAACAGCAAUCAGGAAACGGUAGAGGAGGAAACUUCAACGAUCCUGCAGCUAUGUCAGCAGGUCUAGGUAUGCAGGCCUACCACAAUGCUGCAGCUCCAACCUCACACUCCCAGCAUGCGAUUCUUGCUGCUGCUGCAGCCGCUGCAGCUGCAGCAGCCCACAAUCAAGGAUUAACACAAGCUGCUUCUGGAUUUUAUCCAGCCAACAGUCAUCAUCCUCAGCAACAGCAGCCCCAACAACAAUCUCAUCAUUCCAACAGCAACAAUGGAAGCAACAAUCAACAGCCAGCUCAGGAAGCUCAACCAGACCGACCCAUUGGUUACGGCGCUUUCGGAGUCGUCUGGUCUGUGACAGAUCCUCGCGAUGGCAAGCGUGUCGCUCUGAAGAAGAUGCCUAACGUCUUCCAGUCGCUCGUCUCGUCCAAACGUGUCUUUCGCGAGUUGAAAAUGCUUUGCUUCUUCAAGCACGAUAAUGUGUUAUCGGCCCUGGACAUUUUACAGCCUCCGCAUAUCGACUUUUUCCAAGAGAUAUACGUCAUUACGGAGUUGAUGCAAAGUGACUUGCACAAGAUUAUCGUCUCGCCGCAACACCUCUCCACCGAUCACAUUAAAGUUUUUCUCUAUCAGAUCUUGCGAGGAUUGAAAUAUUUACAUUCCGCAAGGAUUCUCCAUCGUGACAUUAAACCUGGCAAUCUCUUGGUCAACAGCAAUUGUUUGCUCAAAAUAUGUGAUUUCGGAUUGGCUCGCGUGGAAGAGGCGGACGCUAACAAGGCCAUGACGCAAGAAGUUGUGACGCAAUACUACCGCGCACCGGAAAUUUUGAUGGGCGCACGUCACUACAGUUCAGCAGUCGAUGUCUGGUCUAUUGGCUGCAUCUUUGGCGAACUUCUUGGUCGCAGGAUCCUUUUCCAGGCUCAGACACCCAUCCAACAGUUGGAAUUGAUCACAGACCUCCUGGGCACACCCAACGUGGAAGAUAUGUCAAGCGCAUGCGAAGCUGCCCGUAAACACAUGAUCCGUCGUCCGGCUAAACCUCCUUCAUUGGCCGCUUUGUACACUUUGUCGUCACAAGCCACACAUGAGGCCGUCCAUCUCCUUAGCCAGAUGCUGGUCUUCAAUCCGGAAAAACGGAUCAACGUUAUUGACGCUCUGGCGCAUCCUUAUUUGGAUGAAGGUCGACUCCGUUUCCACUCCUGUAUGUGCCGCUGUUGUCAGACUGCCAGUCAGCCCGGCUCGGUGGCCGUUCGUCGAUACGCUUCAGACUUGGAACCUUCUGCCGUCCAACCAUUCGAGGAUCAUUGGGAACGUGAGCUGACUUCCACCCAUCAAGUUCGCGAAAAGUUGCACAAGUUCAUCAUGGACCAGCUGAUGAGUAGUCAAGUGCCGUUGUGCAUUAAUCCUGCAUCUGCGGCUUAUAAGAGCUUUGCCAGUUCGACGAUGGGCGGAUUGAUGAGCGACGGAACGACGAGGUUCACCUGUAAUGGACAGGUCAUUAAGCACAACAUGGGAUGUUCUACAUUCUCAGAGUAUACGGUCGUUAACGAGACCAACAUCUGCAAGAUUGAUCCUGCCGCGGCAUUGGAUAAAGUUUGCCUGAUUGGAUGCGCGAUUGCAACCGGAUACGGGGCUGCUCUCAACACUGCCAAAGUCCGGCCGGGAUCGACUGUGGCCAUCUGGGGAUUGGGCGGAGUGGGACUAGCUGCAACCAUGGGAGCAAAAAAAGCUGGAGCAGCAAGGAUUAUCGGAGUAGACGUUAACCCAGCUAAAGUCGAAAUAGGGAAAAUGUUUGGAAUGACGGAUUUUGUAAAUCCAAAGGACCACGAAGAACCGGUAGAGCAAGUACUGAUGAAAAUGACCAAUGGCGGAGUUGACCAUGCACUGGAAUGCUGCGGAAUACCUAGCUGCGUGAAAUCGGCUUUUGCGGCGUGCAAACGAGGUGGAGGUACUUUGACACUGGUCGGAUUGGUACCUCCUGGGGAAGAUAUUCCAUUUAACGCUUUUCAAUUGAUCGGUGGGAAAAGUAUCAACGGGACCUACUUUGGAGGUUGGAAAAGCCGCGACCAAGUUCCAAAAUUAGUGGAAGACUACCUGUCAAAACAGCUGAUGGUCGACGAGCUUAUCACCCACACCCUUCCGAUAGAAUCCAUCAAUGAAGCUGUGGACCUGAUGAAAAAGGGCGAAUGCGUGAGGAGCAUCGUCAAAUUUUGAACGAAGAAAUUCCAAGGAAAUGGUGAACGCCAGGUUAUAAGGGAUUCAAUUGGAGCUCAAUGCUCAAUGGUGUAGGUUAUCGAGCUUUUUUACACAGCCAUCAAAUUCUAUUUUAGGAAAGGCCAA